ACGCGGCGCUGCUGCGGCGCAGCCCGGGGGCAUCUGGCGCGGGGCGGUGGUUUCUGUCGUUCAGAGUUACAGGAAAAAGCGUUGCUGGUGCUGAGCCUGAUAACUUUCUAUUUAGUUACAUCCCUUCGCAGUCGCGAGGAGACGGGGGUCCCUGUUAAGCUUCUGCGGCGGCGCAUUUCCUGCCUGUAGUCACUGAAAAGGAAAUGUGCAACUGUUUGAUUUGGAUGUUCAUCCUGCUGUGCAGCUCUGUAGCAGAUGAAAACUCUAUCAGAGAUGCUGACAUUUUUCCUUUAUCUCCUGAAAUUGAAAGAGGAUCUACCCUGAAACUCUUUUGUGUUCUUGGAAAACGCUACACACCUCACAGAAAUGCAAGCCAUAUCAUCUGGAAAUUGAAUCAUGAAUUAAUUGCUCAGGAAAACUACAGCAUUGUGAACGAGACUGUAUCAAGUGUAACCAUCCGUAAUUUCACUUACAGCAAAGCUCAUGUGAAAUGUUUCACUAAGUACUUGGGCAAGGAACAACUUUUGGUUCACACGGAAGUUAAAUCUGGCUUUCCACCAGACACACCAGGAAAUAUUUCCUGCAUUUAUUACUUUAAUGCUGAACUUACCUGCACCUGGACUUCAGGAAGAGAAACAAAUCUUAUGACAAACUAUACACUUUACCGAAAAGUGAUGACAGAAGAAAGGGUGACUCUUCCAAAUACAAGGAACUCCUGUCAAAGCAAAACAACGUCAUGUUCAUUUUAUUAUCCAGAUGUUUCCUACAGUAGUUCUUUUUGUUUUCAGGUGAAAGCUGAAAAUGUUUUGGGUGAAGCUUCAUCAGAUUGUGUUCCUAUACCUAUGGAAAAAAUUGAGAAAUUUGAACCUCCUGAAAUACUUUCAGUUAAAAAAAUCACCGGUAUAAAGCAGUUGCUUACAGUAACCUGGAAAAUGCCUGAGAAGAUUAUCCCUUCACAAGAUUUAAUUUGCCAGAUUCAAUACAGAAACAUGUAUUCAAACUCUUCGGAAAUUGUCACUGUCCCACUGAAUUCUGCAGAGAAAACAGGAUCAUGUAAUCUCACAGGUCUGUGGGACUCAACAGAAUAUUUGGUUGCCAUUCGGUGUAUCAGUGUUGUGUCAGUAUUCUGGAGUGAAUGGAGUAGAGGGAAAACAGCAAGCACAGAAGAGAAAGCUCCUUCAGAAAAAGUGGAUUUGUGGAGAGUAAUUGAGUCUUCACACCCAGCUGGAAGUAGAUCUGUACAUCUUAUGUGGAAGCUAUUAAACAGCUUUCCACCUUCUGGGAGAAUUCUAGGCUACAAAAUACAGUAUUUUCCAGAAAACAAUGCUGCACUUAAAAUGACAAAUGUCUCUACCGAUAAGAAAAUUGUUCUACUUUUAAACGAAGAGGCAUACAUAAUAUCUGUUACUGCCUAUAACUCUGCUGGAAAUUCUCCUGAAGCUCUUUUGAGGAUUCCAUCCACUGAUGAAAAAACUUCUCAGAUUAUUGAAACGGUGAGGACCUUUACAACAAAUGAGGAAGUGGUUGUGAAAUGGACAGCCUCCGAACCAGAAGUAACCGAAUAUGUGGUUGAGUGGUAUGAGGAACUGAAGACAGAUCCCUUUGGUAGAUCAUGGCAAUAUGUAUCAAAUUCUACAAACUGGAAAACUAACAAAAAAAAUUUUAAACCAUUUAUAUGCUAUAACAUCUCAGUGUAUCCUUUAUAUGGAAAUAAAGUAGCAGCUCCAUGUUCCAUACAAACAUAUGUUCAAGAAAAAAAGCCAUCAGAAGGACCUGUGGCUGACACAGGCAUUCCAGGGAAAAAUGAAGUUACAAUAAAAUGGAAGGAGAUUUCAAAGGAGAAGAGAAAUGGAUUUAUCAGUAGCUAUACAAUAUUUUAUAAACCUGAAGAUGGAAAAGAAUUAAAUGAAACAGUGAAUUCUGAUGUUCUGCAGUACAGACUGAAGUCCUUACAGGCUAAUACACAAUAUACUGUUUAUAUAAUGGCAAACAAUGGAGCUGGUGGAACCAGUGGAGAGCCCAAAACCUUCAAGACUUUAAAAUUUAAUAAAGAAGAUAUUAUUUUCAUUGCUCUACCCAUUGGAUUAAGCAUGUUGUUUCUGUUAGGCCUUUGGAUAACAUGCAUUUUGAAAAAACAUGUGUUUAAAAAGGUUUGCUGGCCUGAUAUACCCAAUCCUGCAGAGAGCAUUGCAGUGGAAUGGCCUCUUGAUGUAUCUAUGAAUAAUUCAUUUUUGAAGGGAGUGACAUCUGAGGCUAAAACCAUAGACUUUGAAGACAUAAGUGUUUUGGAACAUUGUUUUCCUGAAGAAAGUCAGGAAGGACCACUACUAAUGAAUUGUGAAAACCAUGUUUCUGAAUGUACUGAUAUUAAUACAAAAGGCAUGAGUAAUGGAGAUAAAAAGAUACUGUAUAAUGAAAAAAAUGAAGUUGCUAAAUGUUUUUCACCAUCCAUGCCUUAUAUAAUUGCUGAUCAAGAUAUCAGAAGUCAAAUGCAUUCAGCUUUGAUACCAGCAAAGGAAAUCCAACCCAUAGAAAUGCUGGAAGAUGACUUAUGUGGAUCUCAACAGACUUCAAUUAAAAAUGAAAAUGAUAACGAAGAAGUUUUAAAGCUGGAAGAUUUAAGUGAAAAAGCACUGUUCAAUCCAUACCUUAAAAAUUCUGUUAAAACAAGGGAAUUUCUUAUUUCUGAGAAUUUGUCAGAACACAGUAAGAAUGAACCCAGAAGCCAAUCAACUCUGUUACCUCCUUUUCAAAAAAAUGUUGCUGGACAAUCCUAUGUAACAUUGGACAUGUUUGGGCUGGCCACAGCUCAUUAGCAUGAGAAAACUUCCCUUUGUAAAGCCCCCUUGUAAGAUAUAUCUUGGGCACUGCUGCUUUUAUGUAUUCAUAUGUACUAACCUGGCUGAUCUCAGUUCAAUUCUAUGGAAACACCCCUUUCCUUUGAACAGUUGUGAACUAUUUUUUUGCACUAUGUUUUUACCCAUUAGGGUUCACUUUCAGUGUGAGGUGGGUUUUUUUUGUUUGGUGUGGUUUUGUUU